ACACUCAUAGAUGACUUGAAAGAGUCACGUGUGAUGGCAUUAGGAAAUAUCAAACGGUCCCAAGAAAAACAAAAAUUUGUUCACGACGAGCGGCAUACUUUACGCAGCUUCACGAUCGGAGAUAAG